AGUCAGUAAGCGGACUCGUGACCCAGAAGCGGAAGUGGGGAGAGAAACCUGGCUGCGGCACAGCCAUGAAUAUCCUCCCCAAGAAGUCGUGGCACGUGCGAAACAAAGACAAUGUGGCCCGGGUGCGGCGGGACGAGGCCCAGGCUGAGGAUGAGCGUCGGAGGCGGGAGGCUCGGGCCUUGCUGGCUGAGCAGGAGGCACGGACCAAGUUCCUGAGAAAGAAGGCACGGCUCUUGGCCCUGCCGGAGCCCAAUGGCAGGUUGGAGCUGGCCCUCUGCAGUGAGCAGCCACACCACAUUGACCUCUUCCGGGACCUGGAGGAUGGCAAGGGCAGCAAACCAGGGAACAAGGAGUAUGAGGAGGAGAAGCGCAAGGAGAAGGAGCACCAGGAGAAGGCCAUCGGGCUGCUGACAUAUCUGGGACAGAGUGCAGCCGAGGCCCAGACCAACCCACCCUGGUACCAGGAGGCCCCAGACCGCAGCAAGGAGGCAGCUGACAUGGUCAGGGAUGAGAAGCUGAAAGGGAAGCUGGACCCCCUCAGGGAGAUGAAAAAGUACCUACGGAAGAAAGGGGAACAAAAGAAACACAAGAAAGAAAAGGAGAGGCACAAGGAGAAGGACAGGCGCAAAGAGGAAAGGAAGGGAGUGGGGACUUCUGGCCCCACUUCCCUGGAGGAGCUGAGGCAGGAGCGGCUGCAGCGAGAGAAAGCAGAGCAAGCCAAGGCAGAAGCCCUGCUGGCGGGGAUGCGGGGAGGGUCAGCCAGCUGCAGGGAGGAAGAGAUGGAUGACAGGAGACGCUGCUACAAUUCCCAGUUCAACCCACAGCUGGCCCGGAAACCCCGGGGCCAGGAAGAGGAGCAGUGCAGAAUGGGUGCUUUGGAGCUCUAGACAUAGAACUGCCUGAAUAGGCACUAUAGCAGGCCCAGGGUUCUGAGGACAGAGAAUGAGGCGGCUCUGGCUCUUUGAACCACAAGGAUGUUUCUGUUCCAAGGACACAGGAUGUCCUUUUUGUUACACCUCCCCUUAGCAAUGCCCCUUGGACUGACCUGGACUGGCAAGGGGGC